GAUACGUUCUCCGCCGCUCAGCGCAGGGAUCCCUAUUGAUAGGCAAAAGUAAUCCGCCACGGUUUCCCUGGCAACUGUUUGAGCGUCUCAAGAUGGCGGCUCUGUUGCCGGAGAUUCUGUUCGAGUGUAACGGGCAGGCGCCGGCCCCGAGCAAGGAUUUCUACCAGCUGAUUGUCGGGCGCAGCGAGGUGAUUAUGCGAUGGUGGAAAAUCUCCCUCAGAAGUGAAUUUCGGGAAGCAAGACCGGGGGAACUCAGGGAAUCUCAUGAAGACUUUGUAGAUGACUCAACGCUGCAUGCCCAGAUUGGCAUAAUCUUUGGACAGAAAACCCUCAGCUAUGUGACUGGUCUUUGCCGCGGGCAGUACGAUUUCCUGGAGCGUCUUCCUGAGCCGCUGAUGUUGUAUAUCUUGACUUUCCUGGACUUGGAGGACAUUGCGCAGCUCUCCCAAGUGUCUCAUACGUUUCAAAAGAUGUGUAAUUCGGACAAGCUGUGGGAGCACAUUGUGGAGCGCUCUUGUGACCGGUUUACACCAGAGAUGAGGUCUCUUGCACAGGACCUAGGCUGGAAGCAGUUCUUCUUCACCAACAAACUACAACUUCAGCUGCAGCUUCAAAGACGAAGGAAGAGACAGGAGAGUCAGAAUGUGUUCUUGAACUAACUGGAUGCACCUUUGGCCAAGCGCAGAAUUAUUACUGCAAAGCCAAGAAGUCAGAUCUUCCAUUCACUGGGAUGGAUUGUGUACCAGUAACCAGAUGCAAUGGUCUGUGCCGCUGAAUAAACUCAUUCUAUAGCCUGUAUCCCAAAUGCAAUUAAUACUACUCUGAUGCAUACGCUUUACUGGUAUGUUCACAAGCAGCAGAUUUGUUGCAGAAAUUUCUGCAUCUGGAAAUCCGUCCCAUUUAGUUUCAGUCUUUUGCAGCAUGUGCAUGGUUUUCUGCAAGCCUCACUCAAAUGAAUGGGACAGUCUCAGAAACCUCUGCAGAACAUGCCACAUAUCAAUAUACGAGUGAUGAGCGAAUCAAUUCGUUCAUCUGAACAACUUCUCCAUCUGCGAGGGACUGUCCCUCUGCAGAUGAUUCCCCAGUGUGCCGGCAGAUUAACAUGCACAUCUCCUGCAGCCAUGAUAAUCUUGUGCGUGCGCCGUUACUGUGGGUAUGGUCACAUGGGCAAAUAAUAUGCCUACGAAAAUGAAUCAGCGGUUGUGCACGCACUGCUAAAAUUCAUUUAGCAGCGCAUGCAAAUUAGUUUAUGCAGAUUCGUGGGCAUAUCUUUGGUGCAUGUGCUAGUACUCAUAAUAACAGUGCAUGAUUGAGAUUAUGAAGGCCGCACAAGAUGUGUGGCUAUGUUAAUCUACCGGGAGAAGGAGCGCCUGAAGAUGUGGGGACGCUCCCUAACAAGUGCAGAUUUGUUCAGAUGAACUAAUCCAUUUGUAUGGAAUCAAUUGGCUCAGCACCAGAAUAUUCCCAAUGUCUGGAAUCACCCAUGCAAUGUUUUUUUAUUUCUUUUUUAACCAAAGCCAGAAAUAGAUCCAAAAAGAAAGAAAAGUAUAAAGGAAAAUUUAAAACAUCUCUUCUCUCUUGGACCCACUUCUAUUUUGGACCUAAAACCGCUAUCAAAAACUUAUUUGAUUCCAGCCUAACAGGCUUUAGGCUCUCAGGUCCUAAAAUUUGUUUCCUAAGAAACCAACAACCACACCGAUAUAAGUC